AUGACGAAGAACAGCCCCCCCAUCAGCGGGCUGAAGGGAUUGGCCUUAGCCGACACACAAGGUUGUCUGCUGCUGGCCAGGGGUUCCUGGGCAAAAGGAUCUCCUUGCUGCUCCCUCCUCCUCUGCACCUCCUACUCCUGCCUCCUCCAUCCAGGAAGGACAGCACAGAGGUCAGCCUGGACGAGCCGGCAUAGGUAUCGAUGCCCCCCUUUCACAGACCACGAGACGGGGAUCCGGUACCUGCUUGAUAAUGGGCGUAUCCUGCCCUGUGAAGAGAUUUCCGAAGUGCCGGCAGGACCUGCCGCAGUUUCACCAGAACCACCGGAUCCGCAAUAAGGUUCUGCAUAACUGCUGCCUCAUCAGAGGAAUCAAGUCAUGUGUGAGGUCACAUCGCAAAGACAGCAUUGACGAUGAACAGGAGCAGUACACGAUCCGCCAUCGUCCCGAGGCUCUGGAGCAGUUAGAGGCCCAGACCCAGUUCACAAAGAAGGAGCUUCAGAUUCUCUACAGAGGCUUCAAGAAUGAAUGUCCAAGCGGGGUGGUUAAUGAGGAAACCUUCAAAGGGAUCUACUCACAGUUCUUCCCACAAGGAGACGCGUCGCGGUACGCACACUUCCUAUUCAACGCAUUCGACACAGAUCACAACGGGUCUGUGAAUUUUGAGGACUUUGCGUUGGGUCUCUCCACCCUGCUGCGGGGCUCGGUGCAGGAGAAGCUAAACUGGGCAUUCAAUUUAUACGACAUUAAUAAGGACGGAUACAUAACUAAAGACGAGAUGCUGGACAUCAUGAGGGCUAUUUACAGCAUGAUGGGCAGGUGCACCUACCCAGUGCUGAAGGACGACGCGCCCAGACAGCACGUGGAGAUAUUCUUCCAAAUGUUCUUCUUCCAAACAGAAAAUGGACAAGAACAAAGAUGGAGUGGUGACCAUAGAUGAAUUCAUUGACUGCUGCCAAAACGAUGAAAAUAUAAUGAGGUCGAUGCAGCUGUUUGAGAAUGUCAUUUGACGGUGGUCCGGACCAGUCCCGUCCACCUGCUGGUUCUCCAACUAGUUCUUCACAGGACUGUCCACUUAACGCCGCUUCAAUGUAUCUUCAGUGUAUAUGUGUAUACAUGACAUGGCUCAUUCGGCCGCAUUCUCAUCUUCACUGAGACGGUGCCGUAAUGCUGUGUAGACAGAUCAUAGGAUGCUUACACGUCAUCGACCGACGACGAGCCAAUGAACGGACUGCGUUGCGUUCAGCCGCUUUACGGUACAGAUCUCUUCAUGUUUUUCUUUACGUUUGCAUUCGUUCUCUCCUUCACCUCUGCCCUGUUUGUAGCGUUACGCCUCGUUAGGGACUGUAAUUUAGAUGUUUUACUCCUCUGUUGCAAAAUGAGCCAGAUGAGUGUGGUUGAUUACCGGGGCGAGCGGAGCUGCAAAGUGAUUUGGCUCAUUGGUAAAUCUGGGUAAACUGCCGCGAACCUAAAAGGGGACCAAACCGGAUGCCCGUCUGCGCCCAUCUGGAUCUGACCCCAAGCACAUCCCCACUGGCUUUGAUGAGGCAUUGAACGGCCUAAAAAAAUCAGAAAGGGUUUGUCUGUGUACAUAAUAAAGUCGGAGAGCAUCCUCUUCAGUGUUAAAUGCACAUGGAGAGAAGUUUGAGCAGCGAAACAGGCCACUUCCACGCUUUGAUUUAGAUCAAACAGUAAAUUUAUGGGCCGUGCCCUUGUUGAAAACUGUUAGAGUAUUGACAAGCACACAAUAUGCUAUAAGACUAACACUAAAACAAAAAGGCAUUACGGGAUCUGUGACUUGGAAAAAGGUCGCCAUGAUAAAUGGUAGUUAACUUGAAAAAUCAUUGUUACCAUGUAAAGUUAGAGAAUAAAAUGUGUUAAUUAAUACUGAAGCACACGGUUAGGUAUAGUUUAUAGAAAUAUGAAGGUAUAGGGAAAUAUCAUUCUGUGCCGUACUGUACUUUCUGAUUUGCAUAAAUGUGUCACUUGAAUUCAUCUGUAUAUUUUAUUUUUAUUACUACUGUAAAUGUCGUUUGUUUUUUUUUCUAUGCACAAUACAAUACUAGACAAUAA